AUGGGAAAACUUGGAGCUAUGACAAUAAUGCUGGUGGUAAUGGGAACUGGAAUUUUCCUCCCUUUUGUCCUGAGAAGCAAAGACACCUUAUGGAGAAAGACUAUGAAGUCACGUGUUAUCAGUGUUGUAGAAACGAGCCAGCUCAUGGUGGACAAUGCAGUCUACAACACCAUGAAAAGAAACCUCAAGAAAAGGGAAGUCCUUUCCCCAGCCCAGAUUCUCUCUUUCUCUAAGCUGCCAGAGUCCACCAGUGGGGCUAUUUCCCGAGCAGCAGAGAUCAUGGAAGCAUCAAUACAAGUCAUGAAACGUCAACAAUCACAGUUCUCCACGGAUGCCUUAUCAGCAGACAUCCUGAGCACAAUCGCCAACCUAUCAGGAUGCUUGCCUUUCAUGCUGCCACCAAGAUGUCCUGACACCUGCCUGGCAAAUAAGUACCGGCCCAUCACAGGGGCGUGCAACAACAGAGAUCACCCCAGAUGGGGAGCCUCCAACACAGCUCUAGCAAGAUGGCUGCCUCCUGUCUAUGAAGAUGGCUUCAGUCAGCCCAGAGGCUGGAACCCUAAUUUCUUAUACCACGGCUUCCCGCUGCCCCCGGUGCGGGAGGUGACAAGACACGUCAUUCAAGUUUCAAAUGAGGCUGUAACUGAAGAUGACCAGUACUCUGAUUUUCUGCCAGUGUGGGGACAGUACAUCGAUCAUGAUAUUGCUCUCACACCACAGAGCACCAGCACGGCAGCCUUCUGGGGAGGUGUCGAUUGCCAAAUGACUUGUGAGAACCAAAAUCCCUGCUUCCCCAUACAGCUUCCCUCAAACUCCUCAGGGACCACUGCAUGUCUACCUUUCUACCGCUCCUCAGCCGCCUGUGGCACUGGGGACCACAGAGCGCCCUUUGGCAACCUGUCUGCAGCCAAUCCGAGGCAGCAGAUGAAUGGUUUGACCUCCUUCCUUGAUGCUUCCACUGUGUAUGGAAGCUCCCCUGGCGUUGAGAAGCAGCUGCGCAACUGGAGCAGCUCUGAAGGGCUGCUGCGUGUCAACACUCUCCACCUAGACAAAGGGCGUGCCUAUCUGCCCUUUACAUCAGCAUCAGCCGCCUGCGCUCCCGAGCCUGGUGCCCCACGCGCCAACCGCACGCCCUGCUUCCUGGCUGGCGAUGGUCGCGCCAGCGAGGUCCCUGCCCUGGCAGCCGUGCACACUUUGUGGCUCCGCGAGCACAACCGCCUGGCUGCGACCUUCAAGGCCAUCAACACGCACUGGAGCGCCAACACUGCCUACCAGGAGGCACGCAAGGUGGUUGGGGCACUGCACCAGAUCAUCACCAUGAGGGAUUAUAUCCCCAAGAUCCUGGGUCCCGAUGCCUUCAGGCAAUAUGUGGGACCCUAUGAAGGCUACAAUCCCACCGUGAACCCUACCGUGUCCAACAUCUUCUCCACUGCUGCCUUCCGCUUUGGCCACGCCACAGUCCAUCCACUGGUGAGACGACUAAACACUGACUUCCAGGAGCACACAGAUCUCCCCAGCUUGCAGCUGCACGACGUCUUCUUCAGACCAUGGAGGCUUAUCCAGGAAGGUGGUUUGGAUCCAAUAGUGAGAGGCCUCCUGGCAAGACCAGCCAAACUGCAAGUACAGGAACAGCUGAUGAAUGAGGAGCUGACUGAGAAGCUCUUUGUGUUGUCUAACGUGGGCACCUUGGAUCUGGCAUCAUUAAACUUGCAGAGGGGCCGGGACCAUGGCUUACCAGGCUACAAUGAAUGGAGAGAGUUCUGUGGCUUGUCACGCCUGGAGACACCAGCUGAGCUGAACAAGGCCAUUACCAACAGAACCAUGGUCAACAAGAUAAUGGACUUAUACAAGCACGCCGACAACAUUGAUGUCUGGUUGGGAGGCCUGGCUGAAACGUUCUUGCCGGGGGCCCGCACUGGUCCUCUGUUUGCAUGUAUCAUUGGGAAGCAGAUGAAGGCUCUGAGGGAUGGGGACAGGUUUUGGUGGGAGAACAGCCAUGUCUUCACAGAUGCUCAGAGGCAGGAACUAGAAAAGCAUUCACUACCUCGGGUCAUCUGUGACAACACUGGCCUCACCAGAGUACCUGUGGAUGCCUUCCAUAUUGGAAAGUUCCCCCAAGACUUUGAGUCCUGUGAGGACAUCCCUAGCAUGGACCUCGAACUGUGGAGGGAGACCUUGCCACAAGAUGACAAAUGUGUCUUCCCAGAGAAGGUGGACAAUGGAAACUUUGUGCACUGUGAAGAAUCUGGGAAGCUGGUGCUGGUAUAUUCCUGUCUCCAUGGAUACAAGCUGCAAGGCCAGGAGCAGGUCACAUGUACCCAGAAUGGAUGGGACUCAGAGACUCCUGUCUGUAAAGAUGUUAAUGAGUGUGCAGAUCUGACACACCCACCUUGCCACCCCUCUGCAAAGUGCAAGAACACCAAGGGAGGCUUCCAGUGUGUGUGCACAGACCCCUAUGUGCUAGGUGAGGAUGAGAAGACCUGCGUAGAUUCUGGCAGGCUCCCUCGGGCAGCCUGGGUCUCCAUUGCACUGGGUGCGCUUCUCAUUGGUGGUUUGGCCAGUCUCACCUGGACUGUAAUUUGCAGGUGGACACAUGCUGCUAAGAAAUCCACAUUGCCGAUCACAGAGAGAGAUUCGCAAAUGACCACCCAGUCAGGAUUCAGAAAGAGUCAGGAGAGGGGGAUUUCACCACACAAGGCCACAGCUCAAGACACUGGACAGACUACAGAGGAAACAGCAGGUCUCCAAAAUAUUGUGGAUUAG